AAAAUGUGACCGUUGCAACUCCACCGCCCCUUUAUAUACAAAGACUGCCCCAUUUGAAGGCCUCCUGAAAACUACACACACAUUCGAAAUCAAAGAGAAAUCGCAGAAAGAAACAGAGAUUUUCUAGGAAAAGGGGCAAGAAAAUCGACUGGAAAGCACGAGAAAAUUCUAUUGAACAAGCAAGAAAGAUCAAAUCGAUACAAUUUAUCAGCCUGGCAUGAGGUGUAGCAAACAAUAUGAAGGGUUUUUUUGGAAGGCGAAAUACAUCGAUGGCAACUCAAACCAGGGGCCUAAUUCGAGACCAGAAUCUAAAUGUUCACUUUGAUGCGGCUCCUCUUGGGUUAAAGUCCAAUGUUUCGAAGGCACAGAAGAAUGGAGGGCUUGGUGGAAGGAAGGCACUUAACGAUAUAUCUAACUCGGGGAGGCCUUCCACACUUCAGACAUCAAAGAAGCACAACACGAAGAACAUGAUCUCUAUUGAAGAAGAUAUUGGUCCCUCUAAAAUGACAUCUUCUAUUGGAGGAAAUAGAAAUGUUUCAAAGGCUCCAGAGAAAGCACAAGCUGGUGGCAGGAAAGCACUCAGUGACCUCACAAACGCUGGGAAACAUCCACAUGUGCAUCAGGCAUUGAAGAAGAGUCAGGAUAAGAAGUUGAGUGUUGUUGCAGAAGAACAAAUUCUUCCCUGUAAUGUUUCAGAGGAACAAUUUCUGCAUAAUCAUCAGGAAUGCAUCAAGGCACAGGGGAAGGCCAUUGACAUGGAUUAUUUUCUGAAGGCAGUUGGACUAGAUAACGAUGAUUGCUCCAUGCAGUUAGGCUCUCCACUGUCGGGGAAAUUGAAGCCUGAGUCUCCCCCAAGGUACUCGGACAUGGAACAGAUGUUUGAGCUCGAGUAUGAAGAUCAAUCUCAAUGGAAGAAGCCUAGUGGACAAACUCCUUGUGGAAGCCCGAAAUCACCCAAGCCUUGUAUGCAGUGGAAGGAUAACAACUUUCUCAAUUUCACGUUGAUGGAGUCACCGAAACACUGUUGAGAACCAUAAUUCCUUUGUGUUGUACUGGAUUGAGAGUAGAGACAUCCUUGCUAGUUCAGUCAAUUAAUUGACUGUGUUGUCUUUGCAGAACUUCAUUCUUAGGAUCCUAUGGUUUUUGUUAUUUGACCACCAAUGAAUAUUGUCACUGAUUCUAUUAGUUUUGUAAUUUGCUGUUUUUGGGUGAAUGUGUAAUUUGCUGUUGUUUUUCAAAAAUUUCAUGUUUGGCAUGCACUUGCCUGGCA